UAAAUUACAGAGCUAAACCUUUUAAGUGUUAACGUUAUACACAAAGUUACAUCCAAAGAAUCAUCAUGGCUAGACAUCUUGCAUCUGUUUUUGCCAAGCAAAUUCUUCGCAAAUCUACAAAUAAAGCUUCCUCAACAUCUUCUAACGUGCCAAAAGGUUUCCUAGGAGUAUACGUUGGAGAGACGGAGAAAAGGAGAUUUGUAGUUCCAGUGUCCUAUCUUAACGAGCCUGCAUUUCAAGAUUUGCUGAGCAAAGCAGAAGAGCAGUUUGGAUUUGAUCAUCCCGUAGGCGGUUUGAAAAUUUCUUGCAGAGAAGAGACUUUCAUUAAUAUCACUUCUAGCUUGAGUAGAUAGUAAAAACUGAGAUACUGAAUUAAUGUAGUGACAUAGAAAAACAAUUUUGUUAUGGCAGGA